AUGGCGUCCCUUGUAGCCAUAAUGAUUACUGCUCUUGAGCUGGCGGCGGUCUCCGUUGCACUCCCAACCAUUACCCAGGAUCUGCAUGGCUCGUCGUUUAUAUGGGUCGGCUCGGCGUAUACACUGGCAGGGACGGCCUUCAUCCCCCUUAGCGGAGGUCUCUCUCAGAUCUUCGGAAGACGCAUCGUGAUUCUGUCGUCUCUGGCGAUCAUGGCUUUGGGCAGUGCCCUCUGUGGGUCUGCGAAGAGCAUGACCCAUCUGAUUGCAGGACGGACCGUUCAGGGGCUUGGUGGCGGAGGAAUCUCCGCUACGACUGCCAUUAUUAUUUCCGACCUUGUGCCUCUCAGCGAGCGUGGUAUUUAUAACGGUUUGAUCGGAAUUGCAUGGGCGAUGGCCAGCGGAAUUGGGCCAAUUGUUGGCGGCGCCCUUGCUCAGAAUGGACAAUGGAGGUGGCUCUCUUAUCUUAAUAUCCCAAUAUGCGGAGUAGCUGGCGCCAUCAUGAUACUAUUCCUGCGCGUCCGGGCACCGCCAGGGACCCUGAAAGAGAAGGUUCGCAGGAUCGACUGGCUUGGCACGUUCCUUGUCAUCGCCGCGACAACUGCUUGCGUCGUCGGGCUCACCUGGAGCGGCGUCCAGUACUCUUGGGGCUCGGCGUCAGUGCUAGCACCCCUCAUAAUUGGACUCGUAGGAAUGGCAGCGUUCAUAACAUACGAGUGCAUCUUCCCAGCAUAUCCACUGGUACCUGCUGCAUUACUGUCCACAAUCACGGGAGUCAGUGGCUACAUGCAGACGUUCGUCAUGCCAAUAGUAAUGAUCGCAACCGUCUAUUAUAUCCCAGUCUACCUACAAGCAUGCAAGGGGGCCUCUGCGAUCGGUUCCGGCGUAGAUGUGCUGUCUUUUUCAUUGGUCCUCGCGCCCGUCGGUAUUCUUGGAGGCGUGUUUGUCAAUCGCACAGGCGGCUACAGGCUACCAUUGUGGACGGCUUGGAUAGCCAUGAUGAUCGGGACGGGACUACUCAUCACGCUGGAUGCGGACACGCCUCUCGGACACGCUAUCGGGUUUCUCGUACCGAGUGCGCUGGGCUGUGGACUCCUAGCAUUUUCGACGUAUUUCCCCGUCCUCGCGCCGCUGCACGUUUCGCAGAACGGCCUCGCCAGUGCAUUCUUCAUGUUCCUGCGUAACUUUGCUUUGGUCGGGGGGGUCACAAUCGGCGGAACUGUCCUUCAGAACGAGCUUCAAGAACGCCUACCGCCCGCCUUCACCGCCCAGUUCCCCGAGGGGACAGUCAUUGCGUAUUCCACAAUCCCGGCCAUAGCAGAUCUCCCGGAGCCACUACGUACAGAGGUUCGGGAAGCCUUCGCAGCCAGCCUUGAGGUCAUCUGGGAAGACCUCCUCGCCAUCGCUGGUCGGCAACACGAGGGCAAGGAGAGCAAUGCCAGCCUCAGCACUUUCGAUAUGGAAGCGUAG